AUGGCGCUUGACCCGCUUUCCAUCGCAGCAGCAUGCACGGGCUUGCUAUCGAGCAUUGCGAGACUCUCACUCGACGUCCGAUCGUUUAUAAGUCGAAUGCAGGAGACUGCUCACGAUUUGGCUGGCGUAUUGAAAGAGCUCUCUUCGCUUGAUCUUUGUCUAGAUACGUUAAGCAAAGAUGCUAUGGUCGCCUCACAGCGCAUGCCAGAGCCACUUAAGCACAGAAUCUUGCUCGUGCUCGGCAACAUUACCGAAGUGUUCAAGGAUAUACAAGCCGCCUUGCACAGCUACUCUCCAACUAAGCUUGGUAGCUCGAUCCGAUGGUCGUCCUACGGUCACGAGGACAUGAACAAGCUCCGAUCUAGGUUGGAGUCUCACAAGGCCUCUUUGGAGAUAACACUGGCUCUCUUGAACCUGUCCAUCAGCACGGCCAUCAAGGACGAUACCUCGGUCAUCAAAAAUAAUUUGCAGGAUAAUGCCGUCACCCUUGAGCAAAUAGCUCAAGCUCUAGCUGAACUGCCUCAAAGAAUCGCUGCUCAAUUACAAAGAGGAGUGAAUGGUGGACCCAUUUUAUCCUCCAGCACAAUCCAGGACGGAAUGUUUUCGAUGCCGCUAUCAUUGAUAUCAGAGGGAUCAAUUAUCGAGUCUGCGCGCACGCUUGAAAACCUGUUUCCACCCGAAACCUCUGGCAAUCGCAGGCAGGUCGACCAGGGCACGCAGCCAGCGAACAGUGAGAAGAUGAAGGAGGGGAAGGAGGAGGAGAGAAAGAAGAGAGCCACAGUCGCAGAAACUGGUCUAACUCGUGAUGCUUUGAGACAGCACGACACGGAUAACAUCCUGAAUGAGCGAGAUACGCAACCCGAGAACCUGCAGCCGCUCGGCACCCCCAACGAGGGCAGGCAAUCCUAUGGGAGCACGCAGAAUUCGAAUGAGGAGAAGAACAAGAAGAAGGGUGUUACACGCAGAAGAGCUCACAAAAAGUCACCCGCUCAUAGAAGGCUCUCCAAUGCAAGGCAGUACGACACCGACGAUACCCUAGGUGAACAAGACAUGGAGGCCGAAAACAUAUUUCUGCGGGUACCUCGUAACGAGCGCGGGCAGGUCAAUGCGAGUACGCAGUCUCCGAACGGCGAGAAGAGAGCCUCACAGGCAUCUAUUCUGAUUCAAGGUCUUCUGAGGCAGCAGCGUGCGGAGACAGAUCGUCACCGCUCGCCGCCGCGUCGAAAGCAAACGAUCAGGAAAAGAGGCAACGACGGUCACAAUCCGCCGGAUAGUCCUGUACCUCUGGAGCCACCAUCGAUGCGGCCAUCUUCUGUCCUCUCUCCCGAAGCACGAAAAAUGAUAAGAGAGACCGUGGCGCGUGCCGCAAAGCAGGGGAAGCUGGGACGGUUUCCUCCCAGUGCUGAUCACGAGAAUGCUGAGGCAAACCACCCAGAGCCGCAGAAGGGUCGUGAGGUACAAGAGGAGGCAAACUUGAACGAUGUGAAAAACAACGGAACAGUGCUUGCGGGUAGCACUGGCAGAGACACAGACUCGACACGCCCUAAUGGUGAAUUCGACCGCAACAACACGGAGGACGAAGGUCCCGCACUUAUACCACGUCAAGACGAUGGAGACCAGAGCGCUCAGCCGUCCGCUGAUGCCAAAAAAAUGGCGCAGCCCCUCAGGAUAUCAGAGCUGUGGAAAACCCCAACAACUCCGGUCACGCCAGAACUACAGCCAUCCGCCGAAGAGAGCGUUCGCCGGGCUGCGCUGCGGCGAAGGGGUCCCUCGUUCAAAGAUCUUCGAGCUCAGGCCAGGCAACAGACGCUAGCAGAGGCUCUGGAUCAAGAUAUUCUCGUGGUAUGA